GCGGCCGACCCGACAACGCAGCCCCUGGUCUGCCGUGUGCCGGUCCGUGCCGGGCUGAGCUGGGCGGAGGCCGAACUGGUCUGGCUGGUGCUGGGGCUGAGCUGGGCGGUGAUGCGAGUGAACUUUGGCUAGUGGACCUGAACUGCUUUGAACUGAGCUGCGCUGCGCCGAGUGGGGUCGAGCUGUUUGGAGCGGAGCUGGGACAUUGCGCUUGGGGCUGAACUGUAUCGAAUGGAGCUGAACUGUUCCGAGGACGCUGAGCUGGCGUGAGACGAACGAGCGAGCUGACGACAGCAGUCAGCUGCGAGCCAGUACCAGCAGCACCGCGGCUCGGGUAGCCGCGCCACCGAGCUACGUGGACUGCGCUGAGCCACGGGAGCAAAGCUGGGCUGAACUGAGCGAGCUGAGCUGCGCUGAGCUGAGCUGAGCUAAACUGAGCUGAGCUAAGCCGAGCUACACCACCCCGUGAUCGCGUGUUGGGGGCGAGUGCGGGGAUCGGCGCCCUGACCGCAGCAGACCUCUGCCGCAGGGGAUGACCGGUCCAACCUGCUAGAGCCGAGCAGGCCAGCCGUUCGGGUCGACCCAGCGGCAGGCGAGGAGCCGUGUACGGAGGUCCGUGCGUCUCUCCGUCAGCGCGGAGCUCUAGCGCUGCUGUCCCGGCACGCUUGAGCCCACCGCCUGCUCCCGGUGCCAGCAGGCGGUGCAUCGCCGCUGCCUCCGCGCCCGGGGCCCGGCUGGAGGUCGGCACAGGUCCGCCGCGUCCGGCGGACCGCGGCGCUCGGUGCGCUCCGAGAAGUCGCCAUGCUGCUGCGAGUGAUGCUGCUGUUGCUGGCCGCCGCGCCGUGGUCCUUGGCUGACCUGGACACGACAAGCCAGCUGACUCACGUGUCAGCUGCUGAGGGCAAGACAGCUGAGCUGCCGUGUGACGUCACGCCGCCGGUGGCUGGGGACGAGCUGCGAUUGGUGCUCUGGUAUUACGGCACCGGCGGCACGCCGAUAUACACGUAUGACUCUCGCAAGAGCAGCCGGAUUAGCGGCGCGCACUGGGUGGACCCCAAGCUGGACAGCAGCCGGGUGCAGUUCCACGCGGACUCCCGGCCGGCCCACCUGCGGGUCACGGCCGUGCAGCGCGAGGACCAGCGCCUGUACCGCUGCAGGGUCGACUUCCUCCACUCGCCCACCAGAAACUCGCGCGUCAACCUCACCGUCAUCGUGCCUCCGGGGCCUCCGGUGGUGACGGACGAGACGGGACGGGUGAUCGGCAGGGGGUGCCAGCUCUCGACACCGCUGAGGGCCAGAUGCUUCAGCUCACCUGUCGCUCCCUGGAGGUGA